GACACUCGACCUCCGGGUGAUGAAACGAAAGAACCGGCGGUGGGAGGAAGGGAAGGAAAGUGGGAAGGAACACGGCUGUGUGCACACACUCAUCCCUGGCUAAUAGCAUGACUGGUGGCCACCGCUCCACCCAGCUGCUCCCACAGGACGUCCAAUGUCAAAUUUGAUGGCAACCGCGCACCACUAUCUGUGAAUUAGAACUAAAAAGAAUGGAGUUAUGAAAGUGGUGGAGUGAAGGAAGCAGGUGUCCCAUUCGAACAUUGGCAGACAAGUGGGAGGUCAGGAAAGGAUGCUGGAAGCAGAUGCAGACCCAGCAGGCACUAUAGUGGAAGGAGAAGGGGAAGCAGAUAUGGGAAGUGUAGAUUUGAAUACGGAGGUGGUACGGCUCACCCUGGAGCUUCAGGAGGCUACAGAGGAGAAGCUUCAGGCAGCCCGCUAUGGCCUGGUCGUGCUGGAGGAAAGUGCUGCUCUCAAGGUGAAACACAGGCAGCUGGAAGAAGAACAUGAAGCCCUCAGAUUGGAACUGCAGCAGCUCAAAGAGGCAUUUGCAGAUUCUGUGAGCAGCCAGAAGCGCGCAGCUGCUGAUGGAGAAUGCCGGGAGGAGAAUCUGCUGCAGGAGACUGCCACGAAGGAGGCUGCCAUGGCAACCCGCAUGGAGGAAGUUCAAGCAGAGCUCAAGCAAUCCCGCCUUGCUCUAAGCAAUUCCCAUGCAGAGAUCGAUAGACUUGGGGUGGUGUCUAACCAGUUAAAGAAGGAAUGCGAGUGUCUGGAGGCAGAGAAGGGUCAUCUGAGAGAUGAGAUGAAGGAAUAUAAAGUACGUGAGCUACGCCUGUUGCAGGACAAUGGCGAGCUCGAAGAAGAAAAUAUAUCUUUGCAAAAACAGGUGUCUGUGCUCAAGGAAAACCAGGUUGAGUUUGAAUCAAUAAAGCUAGAACUGACCCAGAAGAAUGAGGAGCAGGAUGAGCUGCGAGCUCAGAUGGAGGAGGCAGCAAGGCUGAGGCAGAUUGCAGAGAUGCAGCUGGAUGAGGCCCUGGAAGCCCUGAAGGAGGAGAGGGAGCAGAAGAACAGUCUGCGGCGAGAGCUCUCUUCCCUGACCCUUCACCCCUUUGAUGGUGUGGGGAACCUGGAGCUCCACUUGCAGCAGUUGGAUGACAGCCAGGAACAGGGACAGAGGGGAGAGGGAGUAGGUGGAGGUGAGGGAGAGGACCAGGACAGUGGCUAUAACAAUGGUCCUGAGUCCGCUCCCAAUUCUGCUCACCCUCCUCACUUGGGAGGCUCCAAAAGUAACGGCCUCAUCCAUUGCUGCUCUACGCCUCGCAACAACAAUGUAUUCCUGCGUGCUCCAGCAUCUGGGCUGGUUUCGGACCUGCUGAGUGAGCUUCAUUUUUCAGACAGUCAGAAACUGAAACAGCAACUCCUACAGGCAGAACGAGAAAAGUCCUCUCUGGUCAGCAAAGUAGAGGAACUUCAGAUGCAGUUGAUGAUGUCCAAGCAGGCACUCAGUCAGCAAGAAGACAAAGUUGGCUCUCUAACUCAACAACUGGAGACUGUGCAUAGCCAGCACAACCAGGAGGCAGAGGACAGGGGAGAUGAAGAGACGGAGAUUGGAGAAGGUGAUACUGGUGUCUUUGACUACGAGGUAGACACCAAGAGCAAAGAGGUGCUGGAGGCCCGUAUGCGUUCCGCCAGCGAAGAGCUUCUGAAGCUGCGUGAUGAACUGUCUCAGGCAGGGACUCGCUAUAACUCUCUGGAACAGCGAUACAAGCAGGAGAAGGAUCACUGGAGAGCAGAGGCCCAGGAGCUGGCCGACAAGAUCCGUCAAUGCAUCAAGUCUAGCAAACAGGACCAGGAGCGCAUCGGUGAGCUGGAGAAGGAGAUCGGUGCCACACGAAAAGUGGCAGUUGAUUCAGAAGGGCACUUGAGCGUGGCCCAGGAAGAGCUGCUGGCCUUCUCCGAGGAGCUGUCCAACCUCUAUCACCACAUCUGUGUGUGCAACAACCUGACACCCAAACGGGUCACCCUUGACUAUUACCGUGAUGGUAAUAGUGCAAGAAGACCACAUGUCUACCCCCAGCACAAUUCCCAGAAGAAGCCUCGAGCCAAUGACAUGUUCAUAUCCAAAGCUGCAGCAUUGCAGUUAAUGGGGGAGGUGGACAGUUCAGGAGCCAGUGUAGACUCUCCCAAUUGCCCUGGGUCACCCACCCUGGAUUUCCGGGACCCAUCCAAUGUUUGCAACUUGGUAGCGGUCAUCCGUUGCCAGAUCAAACACCUCCGGGUGGCAGUGGACCUAUGUCGUCAGAGAGGUGCAAUGCCUUACUCGGGGCUCAGCAGCAGCAGUGGAGAAUCAGAGCGGGAUGCUGAGAGCCUCUUGGAGGAAGUCCUAAAACUCAAGUCCCUUCUCAGCACCAAGAGGGAGCAGAUUGCUACCCUCAGAACUGUCCUCAAGGCCAACAAACAGACAGCAGAGUUGGCCUUGUCCAAUCUGAAAACCAAGUAUGAGACCGAGAAGAGCAUGGUGUCGGAGACGAUGAUGAAACUGCGGAAUGAGCUCAAAGCCCUCAAGGAGGAUGCUGCUACUUUCUCAUCACUCCGAGUCAUGUUUGCCAGUCGGUGUGACCAGUAUGUCACUCAGCUGGAUGAGAUGCAGAGGCAGCUGGCAGCAGCCGAAGAUGAGAAGAAGACCCUGAACUCUCUCCUGCGUAUGGCCAUCCAGCAGAAACUGGCUCUUACUCAGCGUUUGGAGGAUCUCGAGGCCCCUCUGUCUCCCCACAGCCUGAGCAGCAGUCCCCGACGCUCUAGGGCUAAAGAACUAGCCACCAAGUCAGGCAGGGCCCCUCGGAGCCCCCGAAGCAGUCCUGCACGGCCGCCACUGAGGAGCAGCCCACGGGCUAGCCCGGUUCUUGGCAGCAGUGUUCCCGCUAUGGCCACACACCACCUGCGAGCUCUAACCCGAAGUCUCCACACAAGCCCCCGCUGAAACACUCUUUCCAUUACUCCAAACCCCCUCUUCUCCAUAAGGACCUGUCUCCGUGUUGACUCCCCCGGCUCCCUCCUCCUCCCCUGACUCAAGACAUCAUGUUCAUCCCAGAUAUGAUGCUACAUUCCUCACGCUACCCACCAGAACCAUGGAUAAAAAAAGAAAAGAAAAACAAACAAAAAAAAUAAUCUCAUCCUGCCCUUUUUGGUGGUCUUUGCUCGGAGCUUUGCUCGGAGCAGAGAACCCUGCAUGCAGCCUGGAGGAGGAUGAAGAGACUUAUGUGCUGCUCAUUGCUUUGUGAAGUCAUUGACUCUGUCCCGUCCAAAGUGGCUCCACGUUCAUGUAGUCUUGGUCAAGGCUGUGUGUUGUGGUGAACCGCCGAUGACAGUAUUUAUUCCAGAAUGAAACUCUUAUCAUGUGCAGUAUUACUGUCUUUAGCCUUCAAGACCACGAUUUGUUUUAAGGCUUUGUUACACUCUUGCCUGUCAUGUUGUCUGUUGUCACCCUGGCCAGAUCUGUCUGGCGUCCUUUUGUGUCUGUGAGCUUCGGAUCAUCUGUCUGUGAUCUCCCAGGUAGUGAUUUUAGAGAGCAAAUUUAGCUUAUUGGAAUAAGUUCUAUCCUAAACGUAGACAGUUUGCAAUAGUCUGGAGCAGUCUCCCCUUUACUGGUGGUAUAGUCACAUGUCUUUUUUAUAAUCCAGUGACGUGUCUCAGCCGUGCCCUUAAACUAGAGGUUAGUAAACUUGCCGUGUCAUUGAUGGUAAUGGGUCUGCCAUAAGUUCACCACCUCAGGUCAAACAGUGUCAUCAGAAGCAUGAUUCGGGAGAUCUUAAAUGUACAUCUCAUUUAUUGCAAUCUAUGCAGACCUGGUCAGCCUGUGCACUCCUGCUGUUCUUUAUGACCAGGGAUUGGGUUUUGAAAUUUAACUUAGCAGUGGCUGGCGGUGUGUGCGCAGCCCCUUCUUACUAAAGCCAUAUAGCAUCUCUGUCAAUAAUCAGCUUCUGGAAUUCAUCUGGAGGGGCAUCAUGGCACAAAUGCAAGCAUCCCAUUGGCUAAUCAUGUACUGUUCUGGCUGUAUUGAGCUGUGUAACAUCACUCCCCCCCCCCAAAAAAAUGAAUGCUAACGUGUUGGGCCAUAAGUCAUGUUAACGGAAUUUCUGCAUCUGCUUUUUUCCACUCCAGCUAAACCAUGGUCUUUGUGUUUUUGUAUUCUUUUAGUCACUAUACUACGAAAGUAUGCAUUUUGGAAUGUAGUAGUGUUAACCAACAGCACGUUCAUGUUCCUUCUCCUGUGGCUAUAACAUCCAUUGCUUUCAGUUGGUAAUGCUGCUCGUAGGUUUGCUGCUUAUAGAAAAAUGGAAUAAUAAUGUCCCAUUGUUACUAAAAGCGUUAUAUAUUUAGCAGCUCAUCGUGACUCGAAGCCGCACUGUGUAACUUUCAAACAUAAACAAAUUAAUUCAAACCACUGUCAAAUUAGUUUACACAAUGCUGAAUAACCUCGGCUCCACAUGACUCUCUGUGUUUCUCAGUAAAGGAGUGCUUUGUUUUCGUGUCUCGUGACACAGAGGGAUGCGUGUUAGAUCCUGACUGAUGGAGGGAAGGCAGAGGUGUGACAGCUACUCCAAUGAAGCGAUACCUAAACUUAGUGUUUUGCAAUCAGAAGUAAAACAAUGGAGCAUUAAAACAAAUCCAAAUGUUUCGGAAUUAAAAAGUAAAAAGAAAAGAAGGGAAAACAGUUACCAUGGAAAUGUACAAAUACAGUUAACAUUAGUUAACAAGGCAGGACAUGGGUGACUGAUGUGGCAUUCGAUGACAGCGUUGUGUAUGUCGACAUAAAUGAGAAGUGAAUACAAAAACAAAUUACACCAAUUCUUCAAGUACGACUGUCCUUUGAUUUUUGUAAAAGAGGCCACAUCCUGCUGAUUGUGUUUUUUUAUAUUAUUUUAGUGCCUUGGUUUUGAUUUUGUCUUCUUGUUUUUAGACCACAUCACAUUAUCGGACAGAGGGCACGAACUAACACUGUAGUUGUAUUUUUAUUUUUUUUCCCUCGUCUUAAUGAAGGAUUUUAUCUGCUUAUGUGAAUCAAAAGAAUUUGUUAAAUCAUUUUCACUUUUUAGCAAGCAUGCCUUGCAUCAGGUCAUUAGUAAUAACUAAGUAAUAAUGUGACAUCGAGUUUCCCCUUAAUUAAAUAGCUCGCCAUUGUUUUAGAACGGUCUGUUACAGUGAAACAAGUGCUGGAAACAAAAGCAUACAAUAUUGCAAGGCUUUGAAAGUAAUACACAGUUUUUGGCAUGGAUUGUUUAAAAAGUGAAAAUACUUUAACAAAAAUGUAGCUCACUUUGAAGGUUGUAAAUUGCUGAUUCUAUUUAAUUCACUCUGUGCAGAUGUUUGUUUUAAUUUAAGUACCAUUGCUGUAUAAUAAUUUUUAAUUGUAUUUAUGUGUUCAGCAUUCUGUGUAAAUGGACACACGCUCCCUCCGCAGAACACAUUUAGUGGACCCCGACUUUUUAUGUGAAUGCAAGGAGACGCUGUCAUUAACCUGUUAACUGCUUUUGUCAUGACAAAUAAAAGCAAGCCAACACUGAA